AUGCCGUCCAAAUCUUCUGGACGCAUUGAGAAGGUACGGAAAAACAAGUACUCAACUCCCCAUCAAAAAAAUCAUAGAUGGGAGUCCUUCUCCACGAAAAUCGCAAAAUUCCAUUCCCUUCAACCGCUACGAAAAGUUCGACGACAUGAUCUCGAAAACGAAGAUUUGUCAACAGCCACAUCGUACUUCCAAAAUGGGCUGCAGAAAUGGGGCGAAUUGAAUAUUUCGAAACCAUUCUGCUUUUUCAAGCGAGAUGUUCUACCGUUGUCAGAAAGCUUGCCGCAGAUCUUGCACUUUGAGGACAAGAUUAUGGGAUAUCUCGUCCAAUAUAUUUCUUUGAAUGACAAAGAUGCAUUGGAGCCUUUAUUAGACCUCAUGACUGCCUUUGCGCAUGAUUUAGGCGUGCGGUUCGAGAAGCACUAUUUGCAGAGCAUAAACCUGUUGUUGGACAUUGCUGGCAGGACUCAACCUGUGGAAGUUAUUGAAUGGACAUUUGGAGCCAUGGCGUUCUUGUUCAAGUACCUCUCGAAGCUGCUUGUACCCGACCUACGACCGACGUACGAUCUCAUGGCGCCAUUGCUCGGACGAUCGCGACACCCUCAGUACAUUGCCCGUUUCGCAGCCGAAGCAAUGAGCUUUCUUGUUAAGAAGGCGGCUGCGCCUUCUCACAAAGAAGUUGCUCUCAAGUCUUUCGUUGAGCAUGUCCGAAACGACCUCAUUGGCAUGGCUCAAGAUCGCCAGUUCACUCUGUACAACGAUGGUGUGAUGACAAUGUUUGCUGAAGCCAUCAAAGGAACUGAUGGCGUGAUUCACUCUUCUGCCAGUGCUAUUGUAUCGGCCCUUUUUGACGCACUACCGGAGAACGAGUGCAUGCUGUCUCGGGAGAAUAUUUGGUUGGAUGUCAUAUGUGGAGUUUUGACCAGUGUUCUGCACCAUGGGAGGGUAGACACCAUGGGUGAGUUUAUGGAAGAGAUUGUCGCAAAGCUCAGAUCGACGCAGGAGCUUGUGGACGGCUCCAAGGUACAGUGGAAGACCGUGCCCUGUAUAAGUAUUCUUGGCGUUCUAGCUGGAGUCAGAAAGGGCUCCCGAAUCAGCAAUUGGCAUGGGUUUCUUCGAGAUUUCACCGACAUUCUGAGGAUGAUGGGCAGAGGACCCGACGAGAUAAGGCAGGGCGACGUUGGAAUCCUGUGGAAAUCCGUUAUCGUCAAAGUCGCCAUCGUUUGCCACCAUGCGCCCAUGGACGCCUUGAUACCCUAUAUCUCAACUCUCAACCAGACUCUCACGAAGGAACCAUUUAUGCGAUGGUUCAUUCCUUUCUGCGCAUACUUUUGCGAUCUCGACCCUAGCCGAUUUGGCAGCCUUUUUCGAUCCGAAUUUCAGAAAUUCGUUGCUGGUCACUGGUCACAAGGGCAAAACGAGCAUGUCCUUUGCGUCUUACUUCCAAAGAUGAUUAAAAGCCGGGCAUUCCCACCACUGGGCGAGAAAGAUUGUUGCAGAUUACCACAAGCCUGGCAAGACCGGAUCGUGUCAAAGUUCGAGCGGCUGGAAAUCUCGCCCUUCCCUGAGCGUGGACCAUACAACAAAGACCCUCAAGAAUGGCGAGAUCGGUGUUUACCAGAGUACGCUGGUCUGCUGCAGCUACUUGAACUUACGGCUGUACACCCAUCCACAAAUGCCCGAAUUGCUGAGUUGUUGUCAAGAAAGUUGAAACUGGCCCUUCGACCGUCCUCGUCUUUGGCAUCUGACGAAGUGCAUUUUAUCAUUAGCCAAGGAUUUCAGGCGUAUUUGAGAAUGAGCAAGGCAGCUGGCUCUAUUGACACCUCCCUGAGUCCGCUCCUUCGUGCAGCAGUGCCAAGAUUUGCACGCUCAGUCGGCUUUCUGCAGGCAUAUCUGGCUUAUGAGAAGGCUCAAACAGCCGCUUCUGCAACGUCUGAUACCAUGGAGGGAACAGGUGGCGAGAGCCCAACAUUGGAAGAGGACCCCGUGCUUGUGCCUCUGGUAGAAAAUCUCAGCUCACCUUCCCACGCAAUCCGAUUAGCGUCCCUGGAUUUGUUGAAACAGAUGUGUGACAGUGAGGCAUUAACGGAAUGCGUGGAUGUCAUGCUGCAGAUUGAACAGAUGCCAUUGAGCCACGAGAAUACCAGAGCUAUCGCAAUGCACCUGCGGAAAAUCAGACUGCACUAUAAUGCCGUCAGUGAAUCAACUUGGCUGCGGGACGGAAUCCCAAGGUUUAUAUUUGGCUUACUGACUGUGAAGCUGUCCCCGGUAUGGGAUGAAGCGGUGGAGAACCUGAAAUAUCUUACUGAGUCUAGUACGGGGGAAGAAGCUGUUUCUGCUAUUGCAUUUCAGUGGAUUAACCAGCCAUCCACGAGAUGGACGCCGCCUAGUCCUGAAAGCCCCGAUGGAGAUCGAAGACCGUACACGGAUUUCGAAUGCACUGCUCUGGGGAGCCUGGAACAUUCAGCCAAGGCAAUACAAGACCUGGCCGAGAAAGCAGACGAUUCACUUCUCAAGCAUUUUGAUGAGAAACAACUUUUGGCCGAGUCCACGCCACCCACCGCAAGAUCGAGAGCUCUGAAAGUUCUCAAUGCUGCCCCAGCUGUUGCCGAAAAGCGAUCCCGGCAGCUUGUGCCUCUCCUCCUUUGCUGGGCAGUUGACGACGAUGAAUUCGAUGGCGGUGAAGCUGCACGUGCACAAGCAUCGACUUGGUCUCUGGCUGACCGCAAGGCUCUUUUGGGCGUUUUUGCACAGUUCAAAAAUCCAAAGGUUCUUUACCAGCAUAAAAAGGUGUACGAAGCACUGCUGUUGCUUAUGGAGAACGGUGACGGUGAGGUACAGAAGUUGGCACUUCGAGCGAUUUUGACCUGGAACCAGGACGGUGUCAAGGCAUAUCGGGAGAACCUGGAAAACCUGCUCGAUGAAGCCCGAUUCAAGAACGAGCUUGCAGUAUUUCUCCAGGGAGAUGAGGUUAUCAAACCGGAGCAUCGCCCGCAGCUAAUGCCACUACUUCUUCGUCUCCUCUAUGGUCGGGCAAUUGCCAAGAAAGGUAUUGCAAGUGGGAGGAACGGACUGCAGGCCACUCGGCUUGCUAUACUGCGGAACCUUUCGGUCGAAGAUAUGGGAAGUUUCCUUGAAAUUGCCGCGGGGAAGUUGAGACGUGUUCAAGUCACGGUGACGAAGACCCGGCGAAAGAAGCUAUUCCACGAGCCCAUCAUUACGACCCGGAAACAAGUCGGUUUCUUAAACAUGAUAUCAUCAUUGAUUACGGAGCUGGGGACCAAUAUUGAACCAUACAUGGACACUCUCGUCAAUGCAGUCUUGUACUGCCUUGUUUAUUCUUCGAGGCAGCUACGUGACAAGGCCGGAGAUGGUGAUGUCAAGGACGAGGAACAAGACGAAAGGCGUAGUGACUUGUCGUUACUCAAGUCGGCGAGGUCCAUGGGCAUCAAGUGUCUAACGGCGCUUUUCCAAAACGCACAAAACUUUCAAUGGGACCCGUACCGAGAGCUGAUAAUCGAGGAGGUGGUGGCGCCAAGGCUUGACAUGCUCGCAGCUGAGACGACGCAAGGCGUUUCCGGCAUGCUUCACUUGCUUUCCACUUGGUCAGCUCUGCCGAAAGCUGCCAUGUUCCUCGGUCCACAGGGCGAGACUCUCCCUAAGGGUGUACUGCCAAACGUUAUUGAUUGCAUGUCUAAAGAAAAGACGAAAAAUGAGGUCAAGAUAUUUGUGCUUGCCAUUCUUCAAAACUUAGUCAAACUUGCUUUGGCGCCAGCCCAGGAAUCUGAGUUUAAUGAGAUUAUCAAAGAUGAGCUACUGGAAGCUAAUGCUACGGAAAUUUUGUCAAAGAUCACAAUCGUCCUGCACACGAGUGGCGCCAGUAAUGAUCUCCUGGAGGCUUCUGUGGAGACCGUUUUGGCUCUCUCGCCGAUUUUUCAGGGCUUGGAUGAUAUUCAAAGAGUUAUCAGCAUGUGUAGCUACCUCUUGCAGCAACCUCCUCGUCGAGUCAAUCCAAAGACAAAAGGUCGAAUUUUGCUCAUUGUCGAACGCUUUGUGGCACUGCCCGACGCCUCUAAGGAUCCCGCCUUGUUGUCAGAUGUUUACAACACCCUUUCGUCCUUGUUCAGCUACUUUAAAGACAGAGAAAACCGGCAUUCCCUUUCCAGGGCCAUGCUUACGAUUUCCCAACAGGAUGUCGAAAUCGCAGAAAUAGCCAGUCUCUGCAACGAACUGAACACUUUCAAGGACGGUCGAAUCGACGAACCGGAUUAUGACCGUCGUCUUGCUGCUUUCAAUGCUAUUUCUAUGAUUCGUCAUGUUCCCUGGAGCCCCAAGCAAUGGCUUCCCCUCAUUCACAAUCUUCUCUUUUUCAUCCGUAUGGAUCAAGAGUUCGGUGUUCUGUCGUCAAAUUCCGCAGAUGGCAUACGACGCUAUGUCCAGAAUGUGGCAAACUCUCAGUCAGAUGAGGCCAAGCCAACCUUUGAUAACCAGAUGCGCACAAUAAUCCUGCCUGCUCUGUACUCUGGCUCAAGGGAGAAAUCAGACACUGUACGCAGAGAAUACUUGCGUGUCAUGGGCUAUAUUCUCACCACAAUGCCCGAGUGGGAACCCGUUGCCGAUCUUAGCGGGCUUCUGACAGAACGUAAUGAAGAUUCCUCCGAGCCGUCAUUCUUCUUCAACAUUUUGAGCCCCGCUACUUCGAGGCAAUUGGAGGCCCUACGAACUCUUGAGACAGCGAACGCAGUGAAGCAAAUGGGUACUCAGAAUCUGGGCCAAUUUUUCAUUCCUUUACUGGAGCACUUUAUCUACGGCCGAGAAGACGGUAGUGAUGACCACGGACUCGGAGCGCAGGCUACCAAUACAAUUGGCAAUCUGGCGUUGUCUUUGAAUUGGAACCAUUACCGAACCACUCUCUAUCGGUACAUCAGCUACCUAGAAUCAAGAGCAGAGAUGCAGAAGCAUACCGUCCGACUUUUAGGAAAAUUUGUGGAUGCCCUUGUUUUGUCAUCUGAGAAGAACAAAACUGAUGGCAUGGAUGUGGAUAGGGACGAGGCGAAGACAGCUUCCUUGAGACUCCAGGCCACUGUCCCAACGAUUGCCAAGCUGUCCGUUGACGUACUUGAUUAUAUUCUUCCACCUUUGAUCAAGCACUUACAUGACAAGGACGACUCUGAAGUCAGUUAUCGCGUCCCUGUUGGUGUUGUGAUCGUCAAAUUAUUGAAACUGCUGCCCCCGGGGCAGAUGGAUCAGAAGCUGGCCGGAGUUCUCACCGACAUAUGCCACAUUCUCCGAAGUAAAGCCUGGGAAUCUCGUGAAAUGGCACGAGAUACUUUGGUGAAGAUUGCGGUCGUCCUUGGACCCUCUUUUUUUGGGUUCAUUCUCAAGGAAUUGCGCGGAGCCCUUACGAAAGGUUAUCAAUUGCACGUACUCUCAUAUACGAUGCAUUCGAUCUUGGUUGCCACAGUCCCUACCUUUGCGGCUGGCGACCUGGAUCACUGCCUUUCUUCCGUCGUCACCAUUAUUAUGGAUGACAUUUUUGGUGUCACUGGGCAAGAGAAGGACGCUGAAGGCUACAUGACGCAAAUGAAGGAAAUCAAAAGCAGCAAGAGUCAAGAUUCAAUGGAACUGGUGGCUAAGAAUGCAUCCAUCAGUCAUCUCAUUGAUCUCGUCAGGCCGCUGCAGGCUCUUCUGCUCCAAAAGGUCGACUUGAAAGUGGCGCGCAAGAUUGACGCUCUGAUGGGCCGCAUUGGCGCUGGGCUUCUUCAGAACCCCGGCGCUGAUUCUCGGGAUACGCUGGUUUUCUGCUACGAGAUCAUUCAAGACACGUAUCGAAGCCAGAAACCAGAGGCAGCCCAAAGGAUGGAUCCUAGGGUGAGAAAGUAUCUCGUUCAGAAAGGAGCUAAAAAGAGUGGCGAGCGUGGUAGCACGACUAAACACACUUACAAGUUGGUACGCUUCGCUUUCGACAUUUUGCGAUCUAUGUUCAAGAAGUAUGACGAUCUGCGAACUCCGGAAAAUGUCGGAGGAUUCCUUCCCAUUGUUGGAGAUGCGAUUAUUGAUGGAGAAGAUGAGGUGAAGACCUCUGUAUUCCGGCUUCUCGCAGUGCUUGUCAAGGUUCCAUUUAACUCCGAAGAUGGCACCGGCAUAUACCGAGUUGCGGUGAAGGAAGCUUUCAAGACCGCAUCACAGUCGACAUCCACCAGGGCAGAAACAUUUCAAGCAGCCCUCAAGCUUUUGGCUGUGUUGUUGCGUGAUCGCAAGGAUGUCGUUGUCAAGGACGCUGCGGUUGAUAUGCUCCUUGAAAAAUUGAAGGAUGACCUGACGGAGCCUCUUUACCGACACGUCACCUUCAACUUUUUGCGGUCUGUUAUGGAUCGUAAGAUUGAGACAGCUACGGUUUAUGACACUCUGGACCAUGUUGGUACGGUCAUGAUUACAAACGACGACAAAGAUACGAGGGAUCUAGCUCGUGGUGCCUUCUUCCAAUUUAUCAGGGAAUACCCUCAAAAGAAGGCCCGUUGGGCUAAACAGUUGAACUUCAUUGUGGCCAAUUUGAAGUACGAUCGAGAGGGCGGUCGCUUGUCGGUUAUGGAAAUUGUCCAUCUCUUACUCAUCAAGUCUUCAGACGACUUUGUUCAAGAAAUUGUUGGCACCUGUUUCCUACCGCUAUUUUUUGUUCUUGCCAACGAUGACAGCGAGAAGUGUCGGCUUCUAGCAGGAGAACUGAUGAAGGAGAUGUUUCAGAAGGCUGACAAGGAACGAAUCCAGCAUAUUCUCGGGCUCCUACGAACAUGGCUUGACAAGCAAGAUAGCACCGCUGUGCAGAAAUUGGCUUCACAAAUCUUUGGCUUCUACUUCGAAUCAUGUGAGGACGCUCAAAACAACAAGAAGGAUUGCAGGCUAGUUUUGAACAGAUUCUCAGCUAUUCUGAAGGCGGAAGAUGUAAAGAACACUGAUGCUCAGCUAAUUGAGACGACACUCGACGUUGUUCGUUUACUUUGUGGGCGUAUGGGCGAGGAGGCACUCUCUGCAAAAAGGGGAGGACUAUGGAGCGACGUUGCCCGCUAUCUCCGUCACCCUGAGCCAACUGUGAAGCUUGCGGCGGCGAGAUCAGUCAACUCUUAUCUUGCCGACUUCGCGAGGCGACGGACUAAAGUCUUUACUGGCGAGGCUAUCGAUGGGCCGCAUGGCCUCACGCUUGAUCUUGAGGACAUGUACAAGCUCACGCGGCUUGCAUUAAGCUCACUGAACAGUGACGAAAUUGACGAAAAUCUUGCUUCAGAGCUAGUGCAGAUUCUUGUCUUUCUAGGAACCUGCAUCCCUGUCCUGACUACUGUCGAAGGAGACGUUGAAGAAGAAGAAGAGGACGCUGGGGAGCAAGAUGAAGACAUGAUAGCCACAGGGAAACGGGAAGGCGUCGAUUAUCUCUUUUGGAGGCUAUCGCAUAUUCUCCGAAGAGAAACCCCACCCCGAUCAUUGGCGAUGAACUCGAAGGUGGCCGCCAUGGAAAUAUUGGAGACCGUGUGCCGGCGUGUACUCAGUACUCCCGGCCGACCUUCGCUCAAGAUUGUUCUUGUGCCGCUGCAACAGUUGACGGAUCCAUCCAUUCCUGUCCCUUUCAGCAAUGACGAAGCAUUCAAGGCCAAACUUGAAGGGGUCAAGACCAGAGCUCGAAUCAUGAUGGACUCCCUCCAGAAGAAGUUUGGCACUGCAGAGUUCAGCAAGGUCCUAAUGGAUAUCAGGGAGGCAGUAAAAGCAAGACGGCAAGAGAGGUCAAGCAAGAGGAAGAUUGAAGCAAUAACGCAACCAGAGAAGCAUGGACGAGACAAGAGGAAGAAGUUUGAAAAGAACAAGGAGAGGAGGAAACUGCGAUCGAAGGAGCAAAAGGUGGCGAGGCAAUCAUUCAAGGGGUGGUAG